AUGUCACUCAUGCAGACCCUGCCAUCAGAGCUCAUCGAAGGCAUUGCUCGUGCCGCCUACGACGAAGGGGAAAACAAGCAGGAUGUCGCGAGUUUAAUGGCUACUUGCCAAGCGUUCCGCACUCCAGCAAGAUCCGUGCUAUGGGAGUCGCUGUCGAGCAUCGUCCCGCUACUGAAGAUACUCCCUGAGCGCAGGUGGAAAAUGGUGCAGGAAAAUGGGAGAAAUGCCUUUCAAUGGAAGGAUUCAUGGGUAUUUGACCGCUCCCUUACAGCACGACUCGAGGCCUAUGCAAGGCUUGUCAAGAGGUUCAAGUGGAACAAGCAGCGAGACAUCACAAUCCCUUCUCUCAACGCGCUUCUCGUAAAGUGGCCCGGUGUCCUAUCGAAUGGCAUAUUCCCGCAAUUGCGCUAUCUGAAGUGGGAGGAGGACGAAGUCGACGAUGCGCUCUCUUCCGUCUUUCUUGCACGGAUUCCGGGAAAAAAACUGCAAAUGAUUCAUCUCGGGUGGUCACAGAAUGCUAUCUACCUGACCCGACCGGCGUCGGACACCCUCUCGCACUUUCUGACAAGCGUUGUUCCACCCCGUGGCUUUCGCACGUUUGAGUGCACUUCUGCUCCCGUUGGGUACGAUGGUGUCCGCACACUGGCAAACAUGCAAGACCUGCAGAUUGCGGCAUUCUGGCCCAGUAUCCCCGACUCGUUCGCCCCGGAUAAUCCACAGGAAACUGAAGCAAGCUUCUCAAGUUUGCGAGAACUUCAUAUCAAUUCCACGGUGCUCGGCGCUCUUGAAGAGUCGUUGUACUCUAUCACUGCGGAGACGUUGGAGCCACUUCUACGCAUUUCCAACCUCCAAAGCUUCAUCCUGCGCUGUUCCUACAUAAAAGUGGACACUGCGUUCCUCGCCGGGUUGGCUGAGGCCUGCAAGUGCCUCGAGAAGCUCUACUUGUAUUCCGAGAAGCUGAUGCCCUUCUCCUGUUUGCGCACCGUAGCGCAACAAUUUCCUCGCCUGAUAUCUUUCGGGUGUCAUAUUGACGCGAAGAACGUACCAGAGGAGCUGCCACAAAAGCCUGAUGUUCCGUCUACCCUCGGUUCCCUUUCCUUGGACGUGAGCCCCAUCUCGAAUAGUGAGCUGGUCGCUGAACAUCUGGCCGUGCUAUUUCCGGAGCUUGAGCGCGUUGUGCAUGUGCAUAAGUCAGAUGGGAAGGAAGCGUUGCUGUGGAAGGCCGUAGAGACCAGGUUUGUGCCAAACCGGUAUCGCAGAGAGUAUGUACCAUUGCGCGUCUAG